AUGCAAAAAUUUACAAUUGUAUUCUUGUUGUUUGUCGCUGCUGUAACUGGUUCACAUACUGCCUGUGACACAGCUCAUACCGCUGUGCUCAUCAUUUUCUUACGCCUAAACCAGUUUGAUAGAGACAGUACAUUGAAGGAAGCAAUUGAAGAUCUUCACAAAGAUAUUGCUAAUCCUGUAAGUUACAUGUGUUUUUAUUUUUGUUGAGCACGGUACCGCUUGGUAGGGUAAGAUAAUAUAGGGCAAAGUAGGGUGGAAUAGGGUAGGGUAAGGUCGUUACACAGAAGUUGGGUAUUUUAAUUAAACUUUUGUUUUCAGCAGACCUCCAUUGAUGAUAAAAUGUGCUACCAGUCAAUACAACGGGCGUACCAAGCCCAAAUCGGUCUGAAACAGCACACUCCUUUCAAAUGCGAAGAGGCUGCUUGCAAAUAUAUAAUCGAUAUUAAUAUGCCCUAA